AUGGAAUCAAAGUUGAAGUGCCAGCUUGAGGACGCCAGACGAGACGUGAUGAUGCCCAGCGAGACCCAUGCCGAUACAGAUCGCUUUACUAUCUCGCCAAUAGGCCUUGAGUUUCUACUUAUAACCCUACUACGGAAUGUCCAUGAUCAUCCCUUCUAUUCAGAGACAAAUCAGAAGCUGGAUGUAGUCAGGCAUUGCCGUGACAAGUCUACGGCUCUCCGGUUUGCUGCAGUGCGUGACCCAAGACGUCGUAGAUUCCUUGAGAUAUCUGCUCUAGAGGAGGAAACAGAGGCUUUGCGGAUCAUUUUCGAGGUCCAAAUACGUACGGUCAAGGCCUAUGAUCAGGUUCUGAGCCCCGAUUUCUUCCCAAAGGGCACUACAGAUCGGGUAGAUCUGGGACACCGCAAGGAUAUGUACGGCCUGGAAAAGAGGCACUUGGAAGCGCAAAUACAAAGUCUUGCUGAGGAUGGGAAGACCCUCGAGGUAUUACAGAGGAUCCUGACCGCUACAAGACACGACAUGAAACAAAUGAUUGAGGUACUCGACGAGGGUCAUGGAAAGGCUAUCAGAGUGUUUACCUUCGUCACGUUGUUCUUUCUUCCACUCUCGUUCGUGACGAGUUUCUUCGGGAUGAACACUACAGAUGUCCGUGAGCUAGACAGAGACCAAGGGAUAUUUUGGUCAUCCGCGGUACCAUUAACUCUGGCAGUGUCUAGUCUCGCUCUUGUGUUUGGGUAUAAGUGGGACACAGUCACCGCAUUGUUCUUCAAGGCAUUCAAGAUUCAAGAUUCAUCAAGGGUUUUCAAAGAACUGGAAAACGAUCCACUUUCUCAGCUGGGUGCAGAUAAUGCUAGGACUAGUUGCAAAACCGGUCUCUCCUCGACAUCAAAAGCUGGAAUAUCAUCAAGGUUCGGCUUUGAAAGUAGAUGGAAAGGGAAACCGUGGGAGAAAAGGAUACCAGAGCGCUUUAAGGGAUUGGAAGGAGUUUAG